AUGCGAAAACUUGAGGCUAGAGCGUGCAUCUACGCCAUAGGCAAAGAUGGGGGGGGCGUGUUCAUAGAAAUGGCACUAUGCUGUCAAACCAAAUUUGGAAUGCAACCGGUGAAAAAAAUUACACCUAAUCUACCUGCCUAGGAAGAAGCGUGAUUGAUGCCGCGAGUCCGGUGUUGGAGAGAUUAGUCAGAGAAGGGCUGCUGGAAAUGGAGCAUCGAUACAGAUGAGCUGCUACCUCAAACCUACAGUGUUCCCCAUCAACCCUUAGGGUGCCUUGCUGUGGGAAUACCUCACCAAGACCUGAACUGGACCAGACUCGCCUGCAGCAUCCAAGCAUUGUGUCUUAGAAUCUCUCAUAAUCAACUGAAAGACUGGAACUUAAAUUGAAAGGGUACUGAUCACUAAAGCAACCAUAUCACCAUAUCACUAGCAACCAUAUCACCUAACUCCUCAAUAACUAGAAGUAUUAUCCAAGAUGGCUCCUACCACCAUGGAGGCGGCGGACAUCGUUGUUGUGGUGCUGUACUUCAUCCUGGUCCUUGCCAUUGGCUUCUUCGCCAUGAUGAAAGCUAAUCGGAGCACUGUGAGCGGUUACUUCCUGGCCGGCCGAUCAAUGAACUGGGCUAUGAUUGGUGCCUCUCUGUUCGUCAGCAACAUUGGCAGCGAGCAUUUCAUUGGCCUUGCAGGGUCCGGGGCGGCUAGCGGGUUUGGAGUCGCCGCAUGGGAGUUCAAUGCCCUCCUGCUCCUCCAGCUCCUGGGCUGGGUUUUCAUCCCUGUUUACAUCCACUCUGGGGUCUACACAAUGCCUGAGUACCUGGCCAAGCGCUUCGGCGGCCGACGGCUCAAGGUCUACUUCGCUGCUCUCUCUCUGCUGCUCUACAUCUUCACCAAGCUCUCUGUGGACCUGUACUCCGGAGCGCUCUUCAUCCAGGAGUCACUGGGCUGGAACCUCUAUCUGUCCAUCAUCCUCCUCAUCACCGUGACCGCACUGCUGACCGUCACAGGGGGCCUGGUUGCAGUCAUCUACACCGACACCCUCCAGGCAUUCCUGAUGAUUGGUGGCGCGCUAUGCCUAACCGCCAUUAGCCUGGUAAAAGUGGGUGGCCUGGAAGGGGUGCGGACCAAGUACAUGGAAGCCAGACCGAACAUCACAGCAAUAUUAGCAUCCUCCAACUUCACCUACAUCCCCUCCUGCCACGUGGAGCCCAAGCCCGACUCCCUGCGCAUCCUAAGGGGCCCGCUGGACAAGGACCUCCCCUGGCCGGGCUUCCUCCUUGGCCAGACCCCGGCCUCCAUCUGGUACUGGUGUGCCGACCAGGUCAUCGUCCAGCGGGUGCUAGCUGCACGGAGCAUCUCCCACGCUAAAGGCUCCACACUGAUGGCCGGCUUCCUCAAGAUCCUGCCCAUGUUCAUCAUCGUCAUUCCCGGGAUGAUCUCCCGCAUCCUGUUUGCAGAUGAGCUGGCGUGUAUCAGCCCAGAACACUGCAUGGAGGUGUGUGGAUCCAGGGCCGGGUGCUCUAACAUUGCCUACCCCCGCCUGGUGAUGACCGUCAUGCCGGUGGGUCUGCGUGGCCUGAUGAUGGCGGUGAUGAUCGCAGCGCUCAUGAGCGACCUGGACUCCAUCUUCAACUCCGCCAGCACCAUCUUCACCUUGGACAUUUACAAAAUGGCACGGGAGCGGGCGUCGUCGAGGGAGCUGAUGGUGGUGGGACGUGUGUUCGUGGUGUUCAUGGUGGUUAUCAGCAUCGCCUGGGUUCCUGUCAUCAUCGAGAUGCAGGGAGGCCAGAUGUUCUACUACAUCCAGGAAGUGUCUGACUACCUGACCCCGCCCAUCGCUGCCCUAUUCCUGCUGGGCGUCCUAUGGCGGCGCUGCAACGAGGCUGGUGCGUUCUGGGGUGGCAUAGUGGGGUUCGCGUUGGGCGCCACGAGACUGGUGCUUGCGUUCGUCUACAGAGAGCCCCACUGCGACGAGCCGGACGAGCGGCCAUCUUUUGUCAAGGACGUCCAUUUCAUGUACGUGGCAGCCGGGCUGUUCUGGAUCUCAGGCCUGGUGGCUGUGGUGGUUAGCCUCUGCACCCCUCCACCGAGCAUAGAGCAGGUCCGCACCACUACCUUCUGGGGGCUACACCAAAGAAACACAACCCUAAACAUAGAGAGAGACGAGGAGAUGAGCAAGCUGAACCCCCAAACUAAGACCCAUGUCAAUGGGAACGGCUGCAUGGACAAGGAGACGACCAAAGACCUCCAUAAUGGUGUCAAUGGGGUGGAGGCUUUAUCCUAUAUGGAGGCUCCAUCUAAUCUCCAAAAUGGCGGCCACCCGACCUUUUCAAGCACCGGAAUGGCAGUAGACCAAGAAAAGCCUUGGGUGGUCUGCUGUGGAGGAGUAGGAGGGGAGAAGGGGAGGUGUGUGAGGGUUCUAGAGUGGUUCUGUGGGUUUAAGGAGGAACCGGCUAAGACCCGGCCCAGAUCAGCCGAGGAGGAAGAGAGGCUUUUGCAGGAGAUGCUCCAGGAGACCCCCAGAACCAGAUUCAUCCUCAACAUGGGCCUGGUGCUGGUCUGCUCUGUGGGGGUGUUCCUCUUCAUCUACUUCUCUCUGUAGGAGGGGAUCUCAACCUGUGACAUACACAAUAUAGUUUAUAUGUAAUAUGUCUACAUGUGACAUCUAAAGAAGUGUUUCUUAACUUGUGUUUCCUACGCCACCCCAAAAGUUUAAGCCCAGUGAAUCAGGUGUGCUUGAGCUGGGCUAGAACAAAAAUGUCCAACCUUGGUGGUCCUCCAACAUGGACUCAGGGGUAGACGUAACAUAGCAAACGUAAAUCUAGUAUGUAAAUGUUACAUUUCGUAUGGUACAGUGCCUUAAAGUAUUCACACCGCUGGACUUUUUCAAAAUGUUGUUACAAAGUGGGAUUAAAAUCGAUGUAAUUGUCAUUUUUUUUGUCAACGAUUUACACUACAUACUCAUGUCAAAGUGAGAGAAAAAAAAUUCACAACAAGUUAAAUGGAAAAUAAAACCCUCAUAUAUUUUCAUUAGAUAAGUAUUCAACCCCCUGAGUCAAUACACGUUAGAAUUACCUUUGGAAGCAAUUACAGCUUUCUGGGUAAGUCUCGAAGAGCUUUGCAAACCUGGAUUGUAUAAUAUUUGCCCAUUCUUUUAAAAAUGAUUCAAGCUCUGUCAAGUUGGUUGUUGACCAUUGCUAAACAGCCAUUUUAAAGUCAAAUCUGUAACUAGGGCACUCAAACAUUCAAUAUUGUAUUGGUAGGUAACUCCAGUGUAUAUUUGGCCUUUCAUUUUAGGCUAUUGUCCUGCUGAAAGGUGGAUUUGUCUCUGUCUGUUGGAAAGCAGACAACCGGGUUUUCCUUUAGGACUAUGCCUGUGCUUAGCUCUAUUCCCUUUCUUUUAAUCCAAAAUAAAACUCCCAAGUCCUU